UCUCCGCCGCCGCUUGCGCCACUACUCAAAACAGCUUUUUCAAUUCAGUAUUGAAGCGACUUUGAAGCGGUGUGGACUUGAGAAAAAAAAAGAUUAACAAAUAGAAUUAUUCUCAACUGUCACAACGAAACGCACAGCAAAUAAGCGGGCACGCGAGCGGUCCUAAAAACGUUUGAAGUAGAAAAAUCGCUGGACUGUUAUUUUAUAAGAUAGAUAAAACAAAAUGGCGCGCGAUCAAUUGAAUUCAAGUAUGCGUUGCGCAAAAUUUAUGCUGAUCAUUGUCAGCUUCAUGUUUGCGCUCACAGCCAUUUUACUCAUCAUGGUCGGUACAACAAUCCAAACCAUUUUUGGUGACUUCAGUCAAUUUAUUGACGAUCACUUCUCCUCUCCGCCAGCGUUACUCAUUGCGAUCGGUUUUAUUUUGCUGUUUGUGGCAACACUGGGCGCCUAUGGUGCGGUUAAGGAGAGCGUUAUGCUGAUUAAUUUGUAUGGCUUCAGUUUGUUCCUGGUCUUCAUUCUGGAAGUAGCCGCAGCCAUUGCCGCUUUUGUAAUGCAAACUCAGGUGCGUGGCAUGCUGAUGCGUACUAUGAACGAGUCUAUACAGGCCUAUGAUGACAACGUGUACGUGGCAGCCGGCGUAGACUUUAUGCAGUAUACUCUUGGCUGCUGUGGUGUAAAUAGCCCUGUAGACUGGAAAUUGCAAAAUGACACAAAUGUGGAGAAUAAAAUUGAAUUGCCACCAUCAUGCUGUGAAGAAUACUCCAUGGACGAAAUGAAUUUCGAUGAAUGUGUUAGGCCUUAUGAUAGCGGCUGCUUGCCUCGCAUGGACUUCAUCAUCUCACAGAGUACAAUGUUGAUUGCUACCGGCGCUACGACAGUGGCUUUUGUGCAGAUCCUGGGUGUCCUUUGCGCCUUUAUGUUGGCUAAAACUCUGCGUCGCAACAAGUCUAUACGCGCAGCACGCCGCUGGCAACUACAACAAAGCUUGGGUGUACUCAUUUCGGGUGGGAAAAUGGCGCCACCACCCAGUUCACCAAUUAACGGUUAUACACAAUUGGAGCGUGCCGAACGUUACGUGGAACAAGAUCCCAUAACUUAUACGCCAAGUAGUCCCAGCGUAAAUUAGGUGAAAUGCAAACGGCAGAGGGAUGAGUUCAAUGCGCCAAGAGCAAGUAACAAGCAACACUGAAGUGCCUAAAAUAGUUUUUUUUCGUCUCGUUGAUCUUUGUUUUUUUUUAAUUAUUGAUUAUAUUUUUUGAACUUUCUACUAUACAAAAAAAAAAUUGUAUAUUUAUUGUAACACACAGCAAAUUUAAUCUAUAUACUAUGUAGUUAUAUGCAAGUGCAGGUAAUUAUGUACAUAAUCAUACACUCUCAAUUGUAUUAGCAAGUAAAUGUGUCAAAAUUAAAUAAAGUUUUACUCAAGUGACAAAGCAAA